AUGGGCGCAUCGCACUCGACUGGCGGCAGGGCAGCCGAGGGGCAGGCGGGCGGCGAGCUCAGGACGAGCUACUACGACCUGCUUGGCGUGGAGCGGGCGGCCACGCAGGACGAACUCAAGAAGGCCUAUCGCAGGAAAGCACUCGAGCUGCACCCCGACCGCAACUAUGGCGACGUCGAGCGCACCACCGCCCUCUUCGCCGACGUCCAGCACGCCUACCAGGUGCUUUCCGACGCGCAGGAACGCGCCUGGUACGAUGCCCACGAGCGCGACAUCCUGCGCGGCGGCACCGGCGAGGCCGCGGGCGAGGACCACUACCAGGGCAACAUGAAGGUCACGACGCCCGAGGACAUCGCGCGCAUGAUGGGCCGCUUCAGAAGCAACGUCGACUACACGGAUGCGCCCAGUGGCUUCUUUGGCUUCGUGCGCCACACGUUCGAGCAGCUGGCCAAGGAGGAGGACUAUGCUGCCGACUACGAGGACAUGACCAUCCCCCACUACCCCUCCUUUGGCCACAAGGACGACGACUACGAGGGCGUGGUGCGCGACUUCUAUGCCGCCUGGGAUGGCUUCGCAUCGGUAAAGAGUUUCGCGUGGCUUGAUGUCUACCGCCUGUCAGACGCCCCCGACCGUUACACCCGCCGCCUGGCAGACAAGGAGAACAGGAAGCACCGCGACGACGGCCGGAGGGAGUUCAACGACGCGGUCAGGACGCUGCUGGCUUUCGUACGCAAGCGCGACCCUCGAUACACGCCCGAUACACGAUCUGCCGACGACAAAGCCAAGGCACAGCGAGAGCUCAGGAAGGCACAGGCUGCACGAGCUAGGGCAGAGCUGAACGCAAAGCUGGAGCGCGAGGCACAAGACCUUCCCAACUGGGCCACCGAGCGACCGCCGAGCGAACUGGACGAGUCGGAAGAGGAGCUUGUGGAAGAGCACUUCGAAUGUGUGGCAUGCAACAAGACCUUCAAGAGCGAGCGACAGUACGAGGCGCACGAGAAGAGCAAGAAGCACCAGAAGGCUCUCAAGGACCUCAAGAGGAAGAUGCAAAAAGACAACGCACAUCUGGAUCUGGACGACUACCGAGUCAGCAGUGGAAUCAUCACGCCUGCAGAGCAUGGUGGAGACGAAAUUGCAGCAGACUCAGAUACUGUCCCAGCGACCAACGACAGCAUUGAUGAUAUCACAACAAAGGCCCAAAACCUUGAACUGCACGAGACAGACAUAGACGCAGGAAACGAUACCACCACAAAGGCCCAAAACCUUGAACUGCACGAGACAGGCAUAGACGCAGAAAAGGAACCCGAAAGCAAAACGCCGUCUUCGACCACCCACGACGCACCUAGCCCAACAAACGCCCCAAAAGAGGAAGAGUACGACAACAACGACGACGAUGACGAGUACGCCACACGUUCUGCCAUCGAAACUCGCCUCGCCCCCCUCGCAUCCUCAUCUACCUCGACCCCCCAGCCAGGCACCGAAACACCCGACACCGACAGCACCGGCGCCCAGGGACCGAAAAUGGGCGCCGCAGCCAAGAAGCGAGCCAAGAAGGCCGCAAAGCAAGCCGAGACCGAGUCAGCCGGUGCUGAGCACAAGUGCAUAGGGUGUGACGCCUCCUUCCCGUCCAAGACGAGGCUGCACGACCACCUCAAGAGCAAUCCAAAACACGCGGCGCUGAAGACGACUACGAAGCCUGGGGGUAAGAGAGGGAAGAAGAAAUGA